GGGAACAGAGGCUUAGAAUAUGCAUCGGUGCUGCACGAGGACUAGAAUACUUGCACACGAGCUGUGAAUAUGGGGUCAUACACCGUGACAUCAAGGAUACUAACAUCCUACUGGACGAGGAUUUGGUAGCCAAGAUUUCAGAUUUUGGACUGUCUAAGCUAGAAGAAAUCACGGAGUCUAAGAGUUAUGUUGAAACCGGAGUUAAAGGCACAAUUGGUUAUUUGGAUCCAGACUAUAGGACAAGCCGCAGGUUGACAAGAAAAAGCGAUGUGUAUUCCUUUGGUGUGGUGAUGUUGGUAGUUUUGUCAGGGAAGCCGGUAUUGGAUGCUACAAAUCCUUGGGCAGUUAGUCUGUUAUCAUCCUUCCGAGAAUGUGUAGCAGAUGGUGAUGCAAGUAAGAUUGCUGAUCCUAGUAUACAGGGGGAAAUUUCAUCAAGCAGCCUCAGAAUGUAUGUUGAAAUUGUUGAAAAUUGCUUGCAACUUAUUCCCAAAAACCGACCUACAGUGGCCCAAGUGGUGUCAAGGCUAGAGCAGACACUGGAGCAGCAUCACAACCAUCAUAUUCAGUCCUCUAGUUUGAGUCAUCAUGAUACCAAAAAUCUCAUAUCUCUGCCUAGAAAAGUAAUAGACCCUGAAACACAAAGUCAGAAUCUCAUCCGCAUAACAUUAACCAGAGAAAAGAGCCUGCAGCCAAGAGGGAAGGAUUCGGUUAAGCUUAGAAAUGCAUUAUUUGGUUGGCUCUCGUGGUACCGAAGGGAAGUCAAUAUCAUCACUCCAACUGCAGAACAACAUACUGACCCUGUGGAAACUUUGCCCGUUUGCUCACCAGCAAACCACGAUACUGCCCCUCAGGAAAUUUUACCAAUUGAUGCAACUGCUUUUUCACUGGAUGAGCUAAACAAAUUGAGGAACAAUGUUGAAACAAAAAGUGUACUAGGAAAGGAUUACUACGGCCUGGUUGAUGUGGGAACAUUGAGCAAUGGCCAGAAAGUAGCAAUUAAAAAAUUGGAUAUGAGUUGUGCUUCAACAGAGCCACAUUCUGUUUUUAAUGCCAAGGUAUCGACAUUUUCAAGGCUUAAACAUGAGAAUCUUGUUCAAUUACUUGGAUAUUGCUUCGAAGGAAAUCACAGAAUCUUGACCUAUGAAUAUGCAACCAUGGGUUCCUUAGAUGAUGUCCUCUACGGGCUACCGGGAGGAAAACCUGGUCCGGUUCUCAGCUGGAAUCAGCGAGUUAAGAUUGCAUUUGGCACAGCGAAAGCGUUGAGGUAUCUACACGAAGAAGUUCAACCACCCAUUAUUCACGGCAGAGUGAAAUCAAGAAAUGUGCUUCUGUUUGAUGAUUUCGUGGCCAAAGUUGCUGAUAUCAACUUGGGAAACCAGCCUCCUGAAUGUCCUGGUUCUUGGAUGGAUUCAACAAACUUAUUAGCGAACUAUGCUUAUCAUCCUCCCGAGUAUACCAUGGAAGGGAGAAUUACUGAAAAGUUUGAUGUUUACAGUUUUGGUGUUGUUCUAUUGGAGCUUUUAACUGGAAGGAAGCCGGUAGACUGCCAUAUGCCCAGAGGACAGCAAAGUUUAGUCACUUGGGUAGACACUAUUCAUAUUGCUCAAUUCUGAAUUUCCCUUUAUAUUAUAAGUAUCUUCUUUACUACGUGUCUCACAAAGAAUAGUCUACAUUAAGUUUUGAAAUUUGUACUACAAAACAGUACAAAUUUCAAAACUCAAUGUGGACUAUUUCUUUUGGGAGACAGAGGGAGUAUAUUCCGGCAAACUACAAAACUCAAAUACACUUCCCACAGGCAACUCCAAAAUUAGACAGGGUGAAGAAAAUCAUGGAUCCCAAACUGAACAAGGAUUACCCACCAAAGGCAGCUGCUAAGGUCUUCUCUACCAUUUUAACUUUUCAUUUGGUAAAGAGUGUAUAAGGCCUCGAAACUUGCUGAGAGUAGAAUAUUUUACAUGUCCUUCCUUCCUUCAACUUUGCAGAUGGCAGCUGUUGCAGCUCUUUGCGUGCAGUACGAGGCAGAUUUUAGGCCACGAAUGGAUAUUGUUGUCAAGGCUUUGAAUUUUUUGAUGGUGCAAACAAAGCAGCCUCAGGCCUUUGUGGCAUAACUCUAGAAAUUAUGCAACAGUUGCAGCAUCUUACCAAAGUGUAAAAGUAAGCAAGAUUGGUUUUAGCUAAUUGUAGUAGAACCAAUAGCAAGAUUUAGUAAAACCAUUUUGGGACCAAGGCAGCAUAUGUGGAACUCUUGGAAAUUUACUUCCACAGAUUGACCAGCAUUCUUCUGAUCACAAAAAAAAGAAAAAAAGAAAGUCAUUCAGGUCUUCCAUACUGGAAUGCCUUCUUUUAGGACUUGGUUUUAAAACUUCGCUAUCCAUCGAUUGAAUGAAAGCCGCUCGAUUUAACGAUGUAAGACCUGAAAUCAGCAAUAAUAUAUGUCCUGAUAUGAAGAAUAACGUG